CUUUUCAAUAGCGCGAAACACAGAGAGUACGGUACGUCCCGGUGUGUAUAAAUUUCCAAGCAUAACUCGCCCCACAGUAUCUCUCACCGCUGAAAACAACAGAAAGUAGUUUCAACGUCGCAGAUGUCUGAGUCUGCUUGUGACUAUCUUAAGAGAUUCCUGUCUGAAGUUGAUGGCAUCCUCGGUAUCUUUGUUGCAGAUAAAGACGGAGUCGUUGUUGCAAGUGCCACAAUGGACGAUAUGCCUGAUCAAGCGCGCUCGCCAUAUGUUACUGCUGGUUUUAUCGUAUCAUUACAACAAGUAAACAAACUAGAUCUUGGAGAUUUAGAAUGGAUGAUCACUAGUUAUCAAGAGAUGGUGAUCUGCCAGUUUCAUUUUACUUGCCAAUCAGCUUUGCCAUUAUUCCUGACGGUUGUUGGCUCCAGUGAAUGCAAUAUAGGAGCUAUAAUCGCACUUGAGCCAUCCAUUCGUCCGUUAUUAAAUCGUUUAGCCCCGGAAGCAUCAUCAAGAAUACAGAAUGAAGCUAUGCUGAGCCGUACCACAAAUGGUCCUUAUUUUCGAGUAUAAUACUUAUUAAGGUUUGGAAUUGUUUUUCGGAACCGAUUUUUUAGCUGUGUAACUUAUCUUGUAUAUUAAUCAGAAACUGUACAAUAAUACUAUUAAAAUUUACACAUUUUA